AUGAAAGGUCUAAUAGAAAAAGCAUAAACUGAAAAUUAGAAGUACAUUGAGGCCUAAAAAUUGAAUUCUAGCAUAACCCCAUAUAAACAGAGAAGAACUGAGAUUAAGGCACUUUAAAUCCCCAAUAGAACCACAAUACUCAAGAAAAUAAGGUAACUUAAUAUUUAUUCAAUCUCUAUUAAAAGUGAAUUCGAAGACUUUGGUUACGAUAUACUUUCACCUAUUCCAUCAUAAUCCUUAUAACAAAGAAUGAUGCAAGCUGGAAGACAUUACGAAUCAAUCUAAUGGAAUGUCAGACAUCCAAGAAGUGAGAGGAUGCUCUCUUGA